ACGUAAAACUUAAAAAGCAACACAGUUUUAUAAACAGAAAUCUUAAAUUGGGAAAUUUAACGGUAGUCGUGUACAUUAUUUAAAAAAAAACAAAACAUUUUUAUAUUUGCACAUUGAGGCAAUGUUUAUUUACUUACUCUAUUCUUGGCUGAGUGUGUGAGUGUCCAUUUAUUGAAAUGACCUUGAAUCACGCCGCUAAAUCGUCACAUAAGGAUAGUGUCAACAGAGCUUCUAUAUAAAUAGAUAGAUUUGAUGAUCACCUCAGCAUCCGUUUACAGCCACCUCCACACGUGUCUGUCUAGCGACAUCAACCGUCGAGCCAUGAAACUACUCAUCUGUUUGACUGUUGUGAGUCUGGUGUGUUACGCCUCGUGUCAACGUGGACGUAAGUUUUCGGACAUUUUUUUUUAAACUUGUUAUUUUUAAAACAACUCUUAAGGUUUGCUUCUGUUGCACACCCAUGUAUCGCUUUCACGUCAAAUCUGGUUUGUUUUUUUUUGUUCGUUUUUUGUUUUGUUUUUUAAAAUCGUUAUUGCCUUACUCUAGAGUGCGCGUCUAUACAAAAGAGUUUUUAAAUCCUUGACAUUUAACUUCGCUUUGGUGUGUGGGCGGCUGGCUGGCAAACUCUUCCGACAGCUUUUUGACCCACUUCCCGUCAAUCUAUCGAGCUGAAACCUGACACAUAGACUCGUCGCCAAUAACAACACAUUUUUUUUUCUUCAAAUUUUCAGCCCCACCCCCAAGCCCCGAAAAAUCAGUUUUCCUGUUCUUCAAGAUGAAGAUGAAGGAAAUAUGAUUACACUGAUUUCACGAGAAAAACAAAUGUCCUAUAACUGCGCUGAAUAAGAUUCUUUAUUUUUUUUACAAGAUUAAAAAUUCACAAGAACGUAAUUGUUUUCUUUGGUUUUCUGAAAAAAUUUGUGAAAUAAAUCUGCGGUGUUAAUGCGGGUGGGACAUUAGAGUUUAAUGUAGCUCAAAAGUGUGAAAACAAAUUUGCUGUAACGAGCCCUACGGUAUGGUGGGGGGGGGGGGGGGGGGGGGGGCGAAAAAAAGGGGGGGGAAGCCCUACGGUAUGGUGGGGGGGGGGGGGCGUGGGGGGACGAAAAAAAGGGGGGGGGCGUUACAUACGAUUCUUAUUAAGUGCAUUACUUUUACGCCUACUUUUAAAUAUAAUGUUGAGGCCCACCGUGCAAUUGACUGAUAUUAAAUUUUAUAAAGCAAUUAGUACGAAAAACUUUGUGCUUUAGGUAUUUGUGUCAUUAUUAAUAUAUUAACAUGACGCCAGCACAGACUAUUUGGUGACCACAUUUUAACGGGGUAUGGCUGCUUCAACACCACAUUAAGCCAGCGCUGACCGUCUUUCUUGGAAUCAAAUAAUGAUUAUAUUUGUUGACCAUUGUUGGCGUCAUUCUCUUUUUUUUUUAACACACUAAGUUUAAUUUGCUUCAUGAAAUGUAAUUUUUUUGACUUAAUAAAGUAUUCAUUAUUGCUCUUAUUUUUAAAAAAAUUGGUGUCCCAAAAUGUGGAAAAUAAAUGCCCUACAAAUGAAUAAUUUCAGUUUUUAUUUAGAUUUAAACAAAUUGUAAAUGUACUCUGUUAUUUAAGUUGUGAUUGAUAGUGACAUUGUCAUUAAAUCAUUAAUGAUCUCACGCUGAGAAGGUGACUUUUUUUUUUUUUAGUUUAGUUGACAUAACCAUGUCAGUGAAGAAUUUGAUGAUGUUGACGACCAUUAUUAUUAUCAGUGACAAAUUAUUAUUAUUAUUAUUAUUAUUUUACUUUCUAAUGUUAUUUUAAUUAUAAUUACUAUCAUUGUUAUUAUUAUAAUUUAAUUACCAUCUCUUGAGAUGGUUACUGUAUCCGUAGCUUAGUGACUUCGUUCCAUGAGAAUAAAGCCUAAUGUAAACAGACGUGUGCAUUUCUCUUAUGCUGACAACUGUUCAAUGCUAUCGUUACGGUGGAAGAACACUAUCCACUGCAGUACAUGACGUGGGCGUUGAAUUAUUCUGUUCGCAUAUUUCACAGGUCAGAGGGCUCCUGUCCGCCAGCCGUCAUCAUCUGAGCCACAGCAAGGCUCCGCCCCUGCCCCUGGACCAGCCUUUUUUGUUGAUGGGCAACCCUUUAACGUGACCGACCUGGGUGAGCCGACCCAACAGCCUGGCACUGCCGACCAGAGGAAAGAGGGAACCGUGGGCAGAGGUCGUGGACAAGGCAUAAGAAAUCGAUUUACUAGAAGACCAUGAAACUAUAUUAUAUAACCAAAGGAAACUAUAAAGGACUAUAGAAAACUAUACCUAACCAUAGAAAACUAUAGAGAACUAUAGAAUCUAUACCUAACCAUAGUAAACUAUAGAAAUCUAUUCCUAACCAUACGAAACUAUUGGAAACUAUAAAGAACUAUAACAAACUUUAGGAUGGCCAUAGAAAACGUUUUUUGUUUGUAAGUUAGAAGACAUUCGUGUUAACAUGUAGGAUGUCUUUGUCCUGAAAAUCUUUAAUAAAUGCGCU